CCCCGGGUCGCAAUGGCAACUGUCCGAACGGGAAGACACCAGCAACUUUUCUCGUAUUUGUAAUGGUACAUAGACAUUAUACGUCGCUAAAGAAACUACUUUCUAAUGUGAGAAACAAACGUUACACGAUUUUUCAAGUCCGAAAAUGUCCCUGGGAUGUAUUUCUGUGGAAGAGAUCCAGUCUUGGUGGGAAGUCCCCGCCAUAGCCCACUUCUGCUCGCUGUUCAGGACAGCGUUCCACCUUCCAGACUUUGAAAUAGAGGAGCUGGAGAAAGCCCUGUCAGAGCAGGACUUGGACUUCCUUGGUGACCUUAUUGCUUGUCUGUUGCAGGGAUGCUACCAGCGCAAUGACAUCACGCCCCAGGCAUUUAGCAGUUACCUGGAUGACAUCAUCAGCUACCGGUGGGAGCUGGAGGAAGGGAAGCCCAACCCACUUCGAGGGGGCCCCUUCGAGAAUCUCCCUCCUCGUACGCAGGUGCAACUGCUUCACCGGCUGUGCGACUACCGUCUGGAUGCUGCUGAUGUCUUUGACCUGCUUAAGGGACUGGAGGCUGACAGCCUGAGAGUGGAACCGCUGGGGCAGGAUGGGAAGGGAGCCCUCUACUGGUACUUUUAUGGCACUCGCAUGUACAAAGAAGAGCCCGUCAAGAGGAAAGCAGACAAGAUCAGUGAAACAACAGAACUGACAUUACCAGAGAAGAAGAAAAGGGGAAGACCACCAAAGAAGAAAAAACUGGAAGAGCCUCAGCUAAGUGAGGUGGAAAGUGAAGUGACAGAAGUGAAGACAGAAAAUGGGCUGGAAGAUCUCCCCCCUAGCACAGGCCGUGAGCGUGGCACUUGGUCCCUCGUGUGUGAUACAGAGGAACAAUGGCUCAAUCUGGCAGAAAGCAUCAAGGACAAGAUCUCCCCACAGGACCGCCACCUCUACCGUGUCAUCAGCCAGAACUUCCUGCCUGAGAUCAGCAGCAUGAUUGAGCACAAGGAGAGGGAGCAGAAACAGAAGCUACUGGACCCAGCCCCAGCUCGUAUAUCACAAGGAUUUUCAAAAAAUUACAUCAACCAAGAGGAGGACAAUGUGAAGGCCAUAGCAGAGGAGGAGAAGAAGAAAGAUGAAGAGCUGGACAGGCAGGUCCUGCUGGCCGAGCAGCGGCGAGAAGAGGAAAGGCUUCAGCAAGAAGAACAACAGAGAGAAAAGAUGGAGAAGAUCAAAGCUGUGGAGGAGCGGGCAAAAAGGCGGAAGAUGCGAGAGGAAAAGGCCUGGUUACUGUCUCAAGGAAAAGACCUGCCACCUGAACUCCUAAAUCUGGAGCCCUCUUCUCCUGUCCAUAGAACACGCAGAAAUAAAGCAUUCUAUGAAAUUGAUGAAGACUACACUGCUCUAUACAAAGUGCUUGAGGUCUUGAAAGCCCAUAAAGAUGCUUGGCCUUUCUUGGAGCCUGUGGAUGACUCCUAUGCCCCCAAUUACCACGAGAUCAUCCAGACUCCCAUGGACCUGUCCACCAUUGAAAAGAAGCUCAGUGACGGGGAUUACGUUGCUAAGGAGGAGUUUGUGGACGACGUAAAGCUCAUGUUUGAGAACUGCAUUGAGUACAAUGGAGAAGACAGUGAGUACACAAUCAUGGCGGAGUCUCUUGAACGGUGUUUUAGCCGAGCCCUACUAAAACACUUUCCAUCAGAGGAUGGUGACACAGACGAGGAAUUCCACAUCAAUAGUGAAGACAAGGAGCGCAAGGACAAAAAGCGCAGUCGUGGCAGCAGUAAACAUUUGGGACCUGAAAGUCUGAUCAAGGCUACGGAGCAAGUCCAACGUAAGCGAAACUCCCAAGGGGGAAAAGGAAGCACACUCUCAGAGGAAGAGGAGAGCAAACCAACACGACUGCCUCCUCCCCUUCACUGGGCCAAUGGCCCCCCUCACCCCUACAGACUGCCUCCAAGCCAGCAGCACAUUCAUGAAAGAGACAUCAGGCUCAUGUACCACCCAGGGCAACAGCUCCGUCGUCCACCGGGCCCCCCUGGUCCUCAGGGCCCACACCUGUAUGGCCAAAGAAUGGCCAUGGAUCCCCGCUUUGCUUACCAAGCUCACAUUCCCAGGCAUGGAGACCCCAAUUUGAACCACUUGCCCCACAACUUUAACAUGCAGCAUCGCAUGGUUGAAGGACAUCACAUGGGUCCUAGGUAUCCAAUGGUCCCAGAUCGUAACCAGCAGCAGCCUCCACACCAGCAGCAGCACCCCUACAUGGGUCCAACUCAUGGCCCGUCUCUGGGCCCACGUCCUGUGGGCCUCCAGCCUGGCCCUCCUCCUGAAGCCAGCAUGUAUCCAUCCCACCACCGCCCAGAUGGCCACACCAUGCACCCCAUGGGUAACCGAUUCCCAGGGCCAGAAGGACCACCUCAGCACAAUUACCCAGGUGUGAGGCCUUCCAGUAUGGGCCUAUCCAACAUGUGGACUGGUAUGAAUCACCAGGAGAGACCCAGUGGGAUGCACAUGCAAGAUCCCAACAUGGUGAACUCGCGCAACUUUAGUUAUGGUGGAGUCCCACCUCCUGUGGGGCAUAAACCUUGGCCGGAAGCUGCUGGAUACCCCCAUCCUCCUCCCAAUGCCCAGUAUCCAAUGUCUGCAUCGGUCAGCUCUCCGGGGCCCAUGUCCACACGCCCCCCUGUUCCACACCCAGACUCUUCUGGCAGGACACGCUUGGCUUCCAUGCUGGAAAGCCCAGAGAUGCUGGCCCUGCAGCAGCUGUCAGCCUCUUCUAGACCCCCUGCUGGUGCCCCUCAUCAGCACAUGGGCAACUUUCAGCAGCCUGGGCCCCCAUCAGGAAUUGGCAGCAUCCCAGCUCACCCCUUUCAGCAGCCUCCCCCUACCCCUGAGGUUCAGCUGCUGCGUCCUGCUAGAGACAAUGGGCCAGACAGCCAGCCUCCCCAACAGACAGACAUGCAGCCCAAAGACUCGGAGAACAAAAUGGCUGCCAACAACAUUUCCGAUGACACUUCAUCACACAAAAACACUGUUUCAGUUAACCAAGACCACCCGUCCAUCCGUAGCCCCAGCAAACACCAGAAUGGGCCAGCAGAGGUAAUGCAGAACCCCCCAGCCUCUAACUCGGGCCAAUCACAGGAGAUUCCGUCUGGACCGGGGCUCCCGCGGAGUUCAACAGAGAGCCACAAGCAGGAGGUAGAUGGCCAGAGACAAUCUGCCAGCCACUGUCCCAGUCAACACAUUGGUGGUACUACUGUGUCAUCCCAUCUCAACAUAAGUAACAGCUCCACUGAUCCCACUCACCCCAUCCUCCCUCAGCUUACACAGAACAGUCCACAGCACAAAGCUCAGAGCCCCGCACUUCUUCACCAGAACAUACCGCCGCUGCAUGUUGCAGCUUCUCAGAAUUCCACUCAGCAAAUGUCCGAGAACAACUUGUCACACAUGCAGAAUGCACACCAGCAAAGUGAACAUCAGCAGAACAUCCCAAAACAGCAGCAACCUCAGAGUACCCCUCCCCAAUGCCACCCUCAGAGCUCUCCCCAGCAGAUGACCCAGAGCACACAGCAUCACAAUUCUCUGCUACCCCAUCAUCAAGUCCCCCAAAACAUCUCUCCGCAGCGUCCCACACAGAGCAGCCCUGUGCAUGGGAUGCCGCAUAGUGCCACACAGGGAGCUCAGCCUGGACCCCCUCAGCCGGCUCCUCUCACCUCUUUGCCACCCAGUCAUCCUACCCCACUGUUACCUUCCCAGCCCAGCCCAGCAGAUCAUGGAGAUCAAAGACCUAGUGAGCCUACAAGUAGACUGGACACAGACGCCAUUGCCGUCCCUCCACAGCACAUGAUGAAAUCUGGGCCCCCCAAUGGUAUUUACAAACAGCAGGCUUUUAGUCCCAAUCCCCAUCAAACCCAGCUGGUGGGUAGUAACCCAGGUAUGCAGGCUCAGAGAGGGCCAGCACCUGCUCACAAUCCAGCCAUGUCUCCUCACUCCCACGGCCAGGCAAACGGAGCCAUGGGUCCAUAUGGCAUGGGGAACCAUCCACACCCACACUACAGCCAGACAAACAUGACCAGGCCCCUGCCUCCUUCUGCUCACCACCCUUAUCACAACCAGGCCAUCAACCCCCUGCACAAUCCUGCUCAGCACCCCACCUACCACCAGCAGGGAGGGGCUGCCUACUCCUACCACACGCCAGGCCAGCAGCACCCUCAGGCCCACCCAAACAUGUACCCACCUCAUCAGUACCAGCAGCAACACUACUACCCACAACCCCAUCCCCAAGCCCAGGCCCAUACCCAGGCCAACAGUAGAGGGAGUUAUUCUCCAGAGGAGUGGCAUCGGUCUCAUUAUCAGCCUCACCAGGCGAUGCCGCCCAACGCCUACCUACCUGUAGCUAGUGCCAGAGGCAACAGUCAGUUAAAGGAGAGCAGUGUGUCACCACUGGGCUCUGAAGGCUCCAGUGGUGCUAGUUUGGUGUCCCCUGGCCCUGUACCUGAAGUAGGGCCACACCCUGGAGGUCCAGAGGGGAGAAAGUGUGAAAACAGGGAGCAGGCCAGUAGCAGCGGCGGCAGCCCAGCAAAGCCGGCUCAUACAGUGAGCUCAGAGCGACCUGAAAGCCCUAAAGAAAUCCUGGACCUCGACAGCCAUAAUGCUGCUGCCCGCCACCGUAGCACCCAGCCACCUCAACAGCACCCUCCUGCCUCUGCCGCACACAUGCUGUCUGGCUUCAUGUACGACCCUCGUGCCGUGCACCCUGGGAUGCAGCGAGGCGGCGUUCCUCCACCGCACAUGAUGUUUCAGGUUCGUGGAGAUGUCAGCAGAGCCCCUUACCCUGGCCAGCCGUACCCAGAUCCACGCGGUUAUGCCACCCACAGACCUCACCCACACCUGAUGGAGGCUCUGCAGCGGCCCCAGCAGCUGCCUUACUCCCCGGGUCAGUCACGCAUGGCCAUGUUCAGACACCCCCGGCCAGCGGGCCACUUCCAGGGCAUGAUGAUUCAGCAGAGAGGCCUGGCACCAGAACACCUUCUACACCCAGGGCAACAGACGAUGGCUGCUCCAGACGGCCCUAGCAGUAAACAAGGAGUGUGACACCAGAUAUCAGAACAUGUUAUUAUCAAAUACCACCUGGACAAAGCAGUGAGCGAAAAGGAAGACUGUGCGCAUGCUGACAGAGACUGUGGAUGGGACACUUGAUGCUCCACAUACAUCUCUUACUGAUUUUCUUACACUGGACAAGAACUUUUGGCUCUGUUUUACCCACCACUGAACUUGAAGAUCCAACCAGGCAGAUGGUUUUUCUGAGAUGAUGAUGAUAAUAAUAAUGAUAAUAAUAAUAAUAAUAAUAAUAAUAAUAAUAAUAAUAAUAAUAAUAAUAAUAAUAAUAAUAAUAAUAAAUGUGAAAUGUUAAUGAGCCCUGGAGAACAAUUCUCUUUUCUUCUGGAGCUCAGUGGAACUGGCAGGGAUUCACCGACUUGCUCAGGGUCCCUUCACCACAAUGGUUUCUUCCAAACAUGAGCGUUUGAACUGGGGUCCUCCAGCAGAAGGGCAGCCUUUUUAACCACUAGGCCAACCUGCCCGACACAGAGGACCCUGCCUUCAAGAACACUGGACAGCCCUCUCCUCUUUGAGCAAUGGACAUACAAAUGGAAUAAAGGACACGGAACACAGCCUGCCUAUCUUGUCUAACGACAGCAAUGCUUGAUGGAGCUGUUAAUCUACUGACAGAACUGAGAAUUACUGGGGUGCAGACGAGAGGGACUGUUGUUUUUACUGCAAUUUUCUGUUCCCUAUCUUUAAACUCAGGUGUAGAAAAGGGAGGUACUAUGAGACUGUCACCCUAACCCAGUCAACUCACAGGCCCCUUACGAUUGCCUUGGUUUUCUUUGUGAAUGUAUGAGUGAAUGUGUAGACAAUAAGGUGUGCACAGCAGAUUAGCUGCACGUGAAAGGACACAAACACUGGUCAUUUGUCUGAAGCAUAAACCGUCCUGAAAAAGGCCCAGUUACUGUCCUUUUCCACCCCAACUCUAAACACGCAGUAUAUGCAUCUUUCAAAGCUGCCUUCAUUGUCACAAAUGUCUUUGACUAGCAGAGAGGGACUGGCAAAGAUGGCGCAAUUUGUAUUCGACUGCACCGACCUCUCUGUUAUGCACUAUGGAUUUUGUUAGUCGAGACAUCCUGGAAUUGAGUGGCCUUGGAUAGUCUUUAUUUUUAGUCAAACACGUAUAUGUAUAAACAUAUCCUUACCUCUUGUCCCAGAUGGGGGGGGGGACUUCUAAAAUGUCCUGCUAGCUUGUAAAUGCACAUGCACAUACACAGAACAAACAUACACAUCAAUUUCUUUAAAUUGUAACUUUUGUUGCAUUCCAUCUACAGGUGCGAACUUUCUUUUCACGGCCCUGCCCUUUGCAUGGUUGCUUCUUUGAUUGCUUCCUCUUCCCCAUGUCAAUACUAAACGUAUCCUCAGGGUGUACAGUUUCUAUAUACGGGUAUUUUUCUGCAUUAUUUGAAGGAGGAGCAGCCUAAGGAUAAUGGGACUGCAACUGUGGCAAAUAAAUCCACCUCAUGUGAAGAACCUAACUUUUAAGGGUCUGUAUUCAUUUUCCUUAACAAUAUUUAGCUUACCACGCCGCCAACACAUUAUUUUAAUCAAAGUUGAUUUGAAGUGAGAUGGAUUUUCAGUUACAUUCCUGUUGAUCUGAUAUCAUACCAUUAAUCAUCACAAUUAAUUUGGGCUUUCUUCUGACAUAUUUUUAAGAGCAGCCAAUGUAUUUUAUCAUAACGGAGGUAUGCUGUGGAGGUUUUGUCCGGCACCCUACACCUUAUCAUAUCCACGUUGCACCUGUAAACCCCAUGUGCAGUUCGGUGAUGGCAGCAAAUGAAUCUACCUCAUCUAGCCAGUCAGUGGCGUCUACUGAAUCCCUCCACUUCUUCUCCUGCUCUGCCAGACUCCUGUGGGUCUACAUUUUGUGACAAGCUGAGGAUUUUUUGAUUUUUAGCACCACUUUUUAAGUUUGUAGACUUGCAUAGCUGACAAUUAAAUGUCUUAACAAUACAAAACCAUCUUGGCCACAGGUUGCCGUGUCAACUUAUGAUGCCAACUGACCGUCUCAACAAGAUGCAGAUGUGACUAUUCAGCUGUCAGUUUGACGUUGACCGGUAUUUUGUAAAAGAACCAAUCCUUGAAAGUGGUGUUUUUUUUUUUUUUUUAAUGGGACAGCACUUUCAUUCCCAGUUUUUUUUAAAUUGAGUAUGAUGUACGAUAUUACAUCACAUGUCUAAAAUGGGACUCUGUAAAUUGGUUUCUAGUUGUACAGAUUGCAUGCCUUCCUGUCUAAAGGUUGUUAAAACUAGACAAAGUAGGCAGUAUUACAGUCUAGGGUCUGUAAUAGACUGCAUAGAGUUUGGCGGCAUUAUGGGUUUACUAUGUUCCUUAGUAAUGGGUACCUAAGACAUUGUAAGGAAAUAUUUGAAGAGGAUGAUGGAAUAGGAAAGUGCUAGAAGCUGUGAGACAAUUUCCUAAAUGUGUCACACAAGACUUGCUAUUUUGUUAAAAUAGGAAAUGGUUUUAAUAUUUAGUGGGCCUAAUAGGGCCACUUUGGAGGUAGUGUGUUCACUUGUUCUGUCUAAUGUAUGAAGGACAGUGUUGAUUUUAAAGGUCUGGAGGUUGUGAUACUGUCUUCUGCUGUACAGAUGUUGUGUGUGCGUUUGUUUCUGGUGUGUAGAAUCGGCACCAGACGAUCCGAAGUAUGCAUUCAUCUCUCACUUUUACUCUGCGGUCAUCUCUCUGCACUAGUGAAAACCAUUUAGACGUGAUUAAAUGUGAAUCAUAUUUAUUUUCUCUUUUAAGAAUUUUUGUACAUUUUUGAACUUCUUUUAAUAUAAAUGUGGUCUGUUUCUUUUUUAUGUUUUUGUUUUAAGCAGUUGUCUUUUACCUCAGUAGCAUGGUGGCAUUGAAAAAUAAGACCUGUAUGUUUAAUUUUUUUUUUUUCCAAGUGGCGUUUACAAGUUCUUAUCUGACUGACAUAGAUUAUUUUGGAAAUGGAGUAUUUUCUAUACUGUACAUUUCUUAGAAAUAAAUCCCUUUUUCUCGAA